AUGUAUAUUAGAUCUAAGCCUGUAGAACAGAUUGAUUUUAACUCAGAAUUUAUAUUUUGUGGAGGUUCUUCAAAUUUAAUCAAGAUCUUCGAACAUAAUUUUCAACAACGCACACAAAGCUCAUUGAUGAAAAAUUUUUUAUUUCAAGUUUUGAAGGUUUCUAGAAACAAAGACUGGGAGAACUAUAAAACAAAGCUAUUAAGAGAGAAGGAUACAAAGUUUGAUAAGGAACGAGUGAUAGAAACCCGAAAGAUCUGUGUCCAAGACAAUGUAAUGUAUCUUCUUUCAAGCGAAGGUUUGAGCAUUUAUGAUAAAGAUAGUAUCAAAUUCAGUCCCCUUGAGUUUGACGUUGAAGUGUCAGAAAAGUAUGUAAAGGAGUCUCUUGAAAGUAAAAAUUAUCAGAAAGCCCUGAUAUCAGCAAUCCGGUCGGGCAGGUUUGACUUGAUAAGUACAGUCGCUGAUGCCUGCGAUGACAAGGAUUUUCUUGUACGAUACAUUCCAGCAAGAUAUGCUAGGGCAUUAUUAGAGAAUUUGAUUGGAUAUGUGAAACAGGACUUUACAAAUAUAGAAUACAUUGGACUAAUCUCGAAGUUAGUCCACUGGCACAAUAUUUCAUAUCCUGGGCUUUCUGAAUUGAUUCGCAACGGAACAAAGGCAAUGUACAGCCAGGUAAAGAGCAACAAGUAUUUGAUUGACGUAAUUUUCAAGCGAAAUGCAUGA